AUGGGUCGUGAUGCGGUACUGUUCAAACUAUACUCUCAAGUGGACUUUGAUGAGAUUCGGCAACAUGGAACAACCGAGGCAAAAGACGUAAUUGACCGACUCAUUAAAACCGGUCUGGGAUAUUUUCUGGAGGGACCUCACGUAAUCUACAAGAACGCGGUUGAAGAGUUCUUCAAAACCGCAACCGUUUCCUACGACAGGAUCCUCGCAACGGUUUGCGGCUCCCAAAUAGAAAUCACCGAAGCUGUAGUGGCCGAAAGUCUGCAUCUCCCAACCACCGGUAUGGACGCAACAGCGGAGAUGGACGAUGACGUUUUUAAGAUGGCUUGCCACCGUGUAUCUGCAACAAACAAGCCGGUUCCCACAUCCGGAAAGAAACAACUGCUGAAACCGGAGCUCAUCCCGGCGUGUGACGUCUUUGCUAGGGCGAUACUGGGCAAAUUGGAAAUACGCCAAGAGAUAGAGCGGUUAGAAGCUAUAUGCAAUCAGAAACAAGUUCCGGUGUAUACCGCUCCGGUCAUCGAAGAUUUUCAAAUAGACUGGACAACAGAGGACACUGUGACACCAAGGGACAUUGAGACACCACUGCCAGAAAAUGAUGAGGUACCGACUUCGAAGUCUGUUGAGGUCCAAACUUUGGAGGAUGCGGUUCCAAACCCAGACGAUGCGGUUCAAGACCUGGAAGCUGAGAUACCGACAUUGGGAGUUGAAGCUCCAAACUCAGAAAUUGAGGUAAUAAACUUAGAGGAUUCGGCUCAAUUAGAACCUCCAAAUGAAGAGGAGGCACCGAUAAAUCUUGACGAAAGAGCCGAUCCAGAUCCUACCAAGCAGUCCCAUCCUACACCACCUCCGGUAGUCACCGCUCCAGCGCCCCCUCAGGAAUGGAUUGAUGACCUAUUUCAAAAAUUUGAAGUAGUUGUUUCGAAGCGGAUUGAGGACCGACUCCGGCAGUUUGACACUUCAAUAUCAGAGAAGAUUGAUGACCGCAUACUUGACCACAACGUCUCCAAGCUUCAACCGCUCAAGGAUAGAUGCGAAAACAUUUUCGAUACGGCUAUGAAGUUCGCCAAUGCGACGAAGCUGGUUGUGGAUCACACUCAAACACGCCUGGAGCAACUCAGCACCGGACUAUGGGAAGAGGCCGGUGAGCGAGAAAACUGUGCUCAGCAUAUUGCAGCUCUGGAGGGUCUCACGUCGGAAUUAAAGAAGGAUUUCGAACGGGAAAGGCUGGACGCCGAGGUUAGCAGAGACAAAGAGGCGCCACGAGCGACUCAGCUGACCGAAGAAGAAAUAGAGGCCGAAAGAAUAAGAAGGGCUGAGAGCAUGUAUCCAGGGUAUGCUGAGCAAAUAGCAAGACAAGCUGCGGAUGAUGCCGAACGACUGGAGAGACAAAAACGUGGGCUGGAAGAGUUCUCCGAAGCGAACAAGAAGAAAAAGAAAGUGGCCCCCUCCGCUUCAGCACCGGCCGCCUCUGCCUCAGAACCGAAGAAGAGAAAGAAGCCGACUAGUAAGAAAGUUCGGAUUGUGGAGACGCUCAAUAUAAUUUCUGACCCGGUCGAGACGGGAUGGUAG